AUGCUAUCGAUCAACAUGCGAAUCUUCAAAACAGUGCUGCUACUCGCCGCGUUCUGUUCUAACAGCGUCGUCCAGUGCUUACCGGUUGCGAACGAGACAUCGAUCGUGGAAUCAUCGAGCCUGACAACAACGCAGCAGCCACCCUACAGUUCUACAGUCGAUCAUUACGAUCAACGACAGAACGGGACCGAGAAUUACCGUAUCCACGUGGACGACGUGAUAUUUGUCAUCGCUCCCGUCGAGACGCUCCUUCUAGCCGGUGCUGCUGUCGACAAUAAACCUAACUUACCGAUAAUUGAUUCGUUGAAGCCGCCCUCGAGUAAACCGGAAAUCGAUCCUAAACAGUCACUGGCGCCCAAGUCAGCACACAGGCCUGGUCUACGCUUGGCAAAUUUACUGGUUCCGCUGUUCCGUCGUAUUCGCCAUGAGUGAAGAAGUCUAAUUUUUACACGAAACGCU